UCCCGCGCUCCGUAGCGCGGUUCCUCCCCAAGAUGGCGGCGCCCGGCGGGCGGGCUGUGCGAGGCGCGCUGCUCCCGCUGCUGCCGCUGCUGCCGCUUCUGGGCCUGGCGGCCCGCGCCUCCCAGCCGCCCAGCGCCGCCCCGCAGCCCAGCGCCGCCGAGUUCGACGUGCGGCCCGGCGGGGAGGUGCACUCCUUCUCGCGGAGCCUGGGGGAUUACACCUGUACCUUCACAUACUCAGCUCAGGGAGGAACAAAUGAGCAAUGGCAGAUGAACAUUGGAGUCAGUGAAGACAACCUGUUCUUCUCCUGCUCUGUCUGGAGGCCUCAAGGGAAGUCUUAUCUCUUCUUUACCCAGUUUAAAGCUGAAGUGAAAGGAGCCAAGAUCGAGUAUGCCAUGGCUUAUUCUCAGGCUGCAGUGGGUGGACAAAGCGACAUCCCUUUAAAACAGGAAGAAUUUGAAAUCACCGAAACAACAGUGUCUCACAGGGAAGGCAAGUUCCGUUUUGAACUGUCCAAACUCAUGAUUGUAGCAAAAACGCCCCAUGAUGAGCUGUGACCUCGAGGCCAGCAUUGGGCCGGAAGAGCAUGGCAGAUAAAGAGGAUUGCUUCUUACCGCAGGGUUUUUUUUGGUUGACCAAACCUUUUGUGUUUUCCACAUUGAAAUGUGCUAGGGUCCAAGUGGGGCUUGGAGGUGUUAAGACAGAUGCAUUCUGUCUUGUGUCAGAGUAACAAUGUGCUUUGCAGUUGGAAACCUCCUCUGAGACUCCUGAUCUGCAGCCAGCCAUUCUGUCGCCCGCUUUCUGCUUGGUUGAUCUGCUGAAUAUGGUAAAGCUCGCCUCUAACCGGGGCUCCUUAUCUCCCUUGCUAGGAAGAGCAAUGCAGAAAGAUAAGUGGCGGGAUUUAAACAGGGUUUGCUAAAGGAAAGCCGUUAACUCUGUAGUCUCUGAAGAGAUGACAGGAUUUCUCUCUCUGCGGGCACGACAGGAGGAAAUAAUUAAAUUGAGUUGGGGAGGGAUCAAGUUGGCCAGAGCUCUCUGACUCCUUGUUGAGUGUUGCUACUGAAAACCAUCGCUGGCUUUCCUGGGGACGUUCUGGAGCUACUCCAGUGCAGAGCGCAGGCUGGGAUAACUUCACACAGGAAUCGCAGAGCUGCUUAUUCUGACACAACCCAGGAAUCAAUCCAAGCAACACUUUCAUGUCUCAGUACAACUGCAGGACUAUUUUCUACGUACAGAAGUAAUUUUUUUCUUAUCUAAAGUAAUAACAGUCAGGGAAUGUGGAAUUCCUUUCCUGUGUAAAUACCACAUAAAUAAAGAAAGAAAGCAUCACACUCUGGCCGUAGUUUGC